AUGACCAAGUCCCCGGUUAACAAGAGCCCUGGGCAAUCUCAGGCCGAGGUUAUAACCAGCUACUCCUAUCCCCCAAGUGAAACAAUGCAAGACCUCCGCAAAAUCAAGAAUUCCCACCAAUGGGAUCCCAAUUUGCCGCAGGAAGAGGUCGACGCCAUCAAUGAGGCCGCCAACACCGACGACCAGGAAAAGGCAGCAGAAGUCGACAAGUCUUUCCUGCAGGAUUCCCCGUAUGAGUCUGUUCGCGCGGCUGUCAGGAAUACGGAUGGUGGGGAAGUGGCAAACACAGUGCGCGCGUGGGUGCUGGGGAUGAUCUUCGUGACACUGGGAAGUGGGCUGAAUAUGUUUUUGAGCAUGCGGAGUCCUGCGAUUUCGUUUCCUGCGAUCGUCGUACAAUUGCUUGUAUAUCCGGUUGCGUGUUUAUGGGCGAGGGUAAUGCCGACUAGAGUGUUUAACACUUUCGGUUUGAAAUGGACGUUGAACACGGGGCCUUUUACGAUCAAGGAGCACACAGUGAUCACGAUCAUGGCGAACGUCUCAAUCGGAUAUGCAUAUAGCACAGACGCUCUUCUGGCUCUCAAGGCGAAACCGUUGUAUAAUUUGGAUAUUGGCUGGGGCUUCCAGCUUCUCUUCACCUUGAGCAGUCAGUUGAUCGGCAUCUCACUAGCGGGUCUUUUCCGUCGAUUUCUGGUGUGGCCUGCCGCUAUGAUCUGGCCCGGCAUGUUUGCGAAUUCUUCGCUAUUCUAUGCUCUCCACGACAAGAGCACGUCGGAUGCAUCUCAAACCAAUGGGUGGACUGUUUCGCGAUAUCGGUACUUUCUAUACGUUAUGCUCGGGGCUUUUGCGUGGUACUGGAUUCCUGCCGUUCUCUGGCAAGGUUUAUCGGUUUUCGCUUUCAUCACAUGGAUCAAACCCAAUCAUGUGGUCCUCAAUCAACUGUUCGGAGGCUUCAGUGGCCUAUCGUUAAUCCCAAUCACGUUCGAUUGGACAUAUGUUUCUGCAUACCUUCUCGACCCGUUGCUCGCACCAGUCCACGCGCUUCUCAACACGCUCGUUGGAUUGAUUGUGUUUGUAAUCAUUACUACGAUAGGUAUUGCUUAUACUGGAGCUCUGUACUCCGACUAUCUCCCGAUCAACACCUCAACCACUUAUGAUAACACCCAGCAAACGUACAAUGUGUCCCGAAUUCUCGGGCCGGGGUUUUCCUUCGACGAGCGAAAAUAUAAAGAAUACUCACCCAUGUUUUUGGCGCCAACCUUUGCUCUGAACUACGGUCUCUCUUUCGCGGCGCUGACCGCAGCAAUUGUCCAUGUGAUUGUAUUUCAUCAUAAGGAAAUUUGGUACAGAUUCAGGGCGGCGCAAAAUCAAGAACCGGAUGUUCAUCUUCGCCUGAUGAAGAACUACAAAGAGGCUCCUGAAUGGUGGUAUGCGGCGCUGUUUCUGCUGUCCAUUGCCCUAGGGCUGGCCGGUAUUCUGGCCUAUGAUACGCAGACCCCGUGGUGGGCUUUCUUCGUUUCAAUUAUCAUUGCUGUGGUGUUUAUUAUUCCGACUUGCAUGAUUAUGGCGAUUACCAACAUCACACUCUCGCUCAACGUGAUUUCACCCUUCCUUGCCGGGUUCAUGAUCCCCGGGAAGCCCAUUGGUGUGAUGAUCUUCAAGGUGUUUAGCACGAUCACCCUCGGACAAGCUCAAUCCUACUGCCAGGAUCUCAAGCUGGCACACUACAUGAAAAUCCCACCCCGAACGGUCUUUACUAGCCAAGUCGUCGCCACAAUAUGGGCCUGUUUCGUUCAAAUUGCUGUCAUGAACUGGACGCUUGCAAACAUUGACCAAGUCUGCACCCCUGAUCAAUCCGCGCAUUUCACCUGUCCAAACGGAAAGACUUUCUUCUCAUCGAGUAUUGUCUGGGGCGUCAUCGGCCCCAAACGCAUGUUUGGCCCUGGAGCAAUUUACACUUCCAUCCAAUGGUUCUGGUUGCUCGGUGCUCUCCUCCCAAUAGUGUUCUAUAUUAUUAUGAGAUUCUGGCCACGUUCUCCAGCCCGGUUCUUGAAUGCUCCAGUAAUGCUCGGCGCAAUGGCCUGGCUUCCGCCAGCAACCCCUCUGAGCUUCUCCACAUGGGCCAUGUUCGGUCUGUUAUUCAACUACUUCAUCCGUCGUCGUUGGCCCGGCUGGUGGCACACGUACAACUAUAUCACGGCGGCAGGGCUUGAUUCAGGACUUGUGAUAUCCACGAUCAUUAUAUUCUUUGCGAUUACAUUGCCUAACGUUGCGAUCCCGAAUUGGUGGGGAAAUGUGGCCGUUUAUGAGACUACGGACGCAUUGUACACGGCCUAUCGCAAGACAGUUGGGGAAGGAGAGCAGUUUGGGCCGGAUAAAUGGUGA